AUGGAGCCACUGGUUGCACUUCUACAUAUGGUAAUAGCCAUCAUGACCUUCUCUAAAGCUAACAAAACUGUUUGUACUCUGCGAGGAGAGCCUGUACAUCCUGAGCUAUGGAAAGAUGGGGAUAUUAUAGUUGGAGGGGUUUUCUCUUUCCAUAGCAGCUGGGAAAUCAGGCAACUGACAUAUUCAAUUAUGCCACCUCCACUGAAGUGCAUCAGUCUUAAUUUUAGAGACUUCCAGUACGCACAGUCCAUGCUCUUCGCAAUAGAGGAAAUUAAUAACAGUUCCACUUUGCUGCCUGGGGUCUCAUUAGGCUACAAGAUCUACGACACGUGCGGAUCAGUGGCGGUUGGGGUUCGAGCAGCUAUGGCCCUUGCAAAUGGGUAUGAGAAAAUGUCUGUUGAAGGGCCCUGCACAAAGCAUGCUGAAGUGCAAGCCAUUAUUGGGGACACAACUUCUUCAGCGUGCAUGGCAAUAUCAAAGGGUAUUGGACCAUUCAAGCUUCCAUUGGUAUGA